AUGGCAUCUCCUGAACUAAAAGAGAUGGAAGAACAAUGGAGAGACGAAGAAGAUGAAAGAUCAUCUUCUGCGCGCGAGAUGCCGCUUCCGUCCGAUGCUGGACCUUCAAAUCCGGCGCCUAUUUCAAUUCCGAUCUCUACUAUUUCUCAGGAUACCAUAUGGGACAACCUUGUUCAAAAGAAUUUUAGCUUGGAAGCAUCCCUCCGUAAUCGAGUUUUGCGCUUAAAACAUAGUCCCUUUCUUCUGGGUAAGACAGUGGAUCAGUAUUGGUCUGACAUAAAACUAGAACUUGCUGAGGCUCCGUCUCAGAGGGAGUAUAACCGAUUAAUCGAGUUUGAGAAUAGGGAUCUCCUGAUCCGCGAACUCAAACAUGAGUCAUUAACCCUUUUGAAUAAAAUGCUAAUAGAGUAUCCCACAUUACGGGAAAAGGCCCCCUACAAUCCUGAGGAAUGCCUCAUAGACUUCUUGAACGAGAAGGAAGAGCUGACCCCGGAAUGGGAUCCCGUAAAAAAGGACGAGCAAAAUAUAUCAUUAUUGAAGGAUAUUCUAAAAGAUUGUAAGAUACAUGGCCUUGAAUCCUAG